ACCAUUGUGCGAAAAGUAAAAGACCCCUCCUCACACUUGAUCACCUCCUUCUCUCCGACUCCCUCCGGCCUUCAAGAUUUCCUCGCGCUUAGGGUUUCGACGAUCUUCUUCUGCUCUGAUAUUUCUUCAUCUCUCUGGUCUAGAUUCAGAUCAAUGGAGAAGUCACAGGCAAAUCAAUUACCUGAAGUAGAUUCAUUACCAGAUGGAUUUUUUGAGAGUUCUAACGAACAAGAACAACAACAACCUAGAACAACUCAUAAUUUUGAACAUGAAGAAUCACCGCCUUCACCACCAUCGCCACAAUCACCUCCUGAUUAUAAAGAUACGAUAUUAGAACUUGAUCAAUGUAGUGAUGCUGUACUUGAUACCUCGGAUACUUCUACUGUUACAGACAGCAGAAAUGAUGUCAAGGUAGAGAAACUGAGAACAUUUCCUGUGGCAUUAUCGGAGAAGGAUGGUGAAGAUUCAAUAGUAAAUAGGAGUUUUGUGGAGAAUACGGAAUGUGGGUCGAUUGGGUUUACAUCUGAUUCGGGGAAUGGGCAUCAAUACCAGCAUUUUGAAGGGAGUUCUGAAAAUUCCCUGAAAGAAAGGAAAAGACCCCUCCUCACACUUGAUUUACACUUGAUCACCUCCUUCUCUCCGACUCCCUCUAUCCAUCUCCCUCCCGCCUUCAAGAUUUCCUCGCGCUUAGGCUUUCGACGAUCUUCUUCUGCUCUGAUAUUUCUUCAUCUCUCUGCAACUGCAGAGGGUUCAGAGUUGAGUGCAGCAGAAACUGCAGAAUCUUUGAAGAACAAAAAGCUAGAAACCUCUGAUGUGAAGCGUAAAAGUGUAAAACGCGGGUUCAAGACAGAAAGGGAGUUUCUAGAGUUCACUUUACAAUAUCAACAAGUUAUUGCCGAGAGGGAUGCAGCUAUUUCUGUUCGAGACAAGCUUGAGUCAUUAUGUAGGGAGUUGCAGCGUCAAAAUAAACUGCUGAUGGAUGAAUGCAAGAGAGUGUCAACAGAGGGCCAAAAUAUGAGAUCAGAACUAUCUACCAAGUUCCAUCAUGCAAUUAAGGAUGUAAGCAGUAAACUCAAAGGGCAGAAAGAUGAAUGUCUCUUGCAACUCAAGGAGAAUGAGAUGCUGAGAAACAAGUUGAAGCAUCUCUGUGAUCAAUAUACAGUUUCGGAACAGCAGUUCACCCAUAAGAUAAAGCAGAAAUCACUAGAACUCCAGAUUGCGGAUCUUAAAAUUCAGCAGCAUGAAGAGAAGUCGAAUCAGGAAAAAACCCAGAUGAAGUUGUAUGCCGAGCAAUUGUCGCAGCUAUUGGCUACAGAAAAGAAUCUUCGUUUACAAUUAUCAGCUGAUGGAGAAAAGUUUCAAAAUUUUCAGGAUGCCUUGCUAAAAAGUAACGAGGUAUUUGAAACUUUUAAGCAAGAGAUUGAGAAGAUGGGGAAAUCAAUAAAAGAACUCAAGAAGGAAAACAUUUUCUUGAAAAGCAAAUGCGAGAAGACAGAUGUCACUCUCAGAGAACUUGUUGGAGAGAGAGAACAUAUGAAGAAGCAACUGGAGAAACUGAAGAACCAAAAGGAAAAGCUCGAGUCCUUGUGCCGGUCACUACAAGCUCAACGGAAACAAAGUCUUGCUGAGAGCAGCAGCUGCUGCGAUGCAGUUUCAGUCGCAUCUUCUAUGGAAGGAGAAACCUGAGAUAUAUGUGGAACUAUUUUGUCUGUACACCCAUUAAAUGGAAGGAAUUUUAAAAGAAAAACAAAUUGUUGUUUCUUAUUUACUAGAGAACUUAUGGAAUUGGAAAACACAUGAAUUCAAGAUGUUUUCCCACUUAAAGGGGCGAAAGCAUUUUAUUUUUCAGCUCUCAAGUUGCCAACUCUUUUGAAAAGCAACAGAACUGCAUAACUUACCAUGUUCCAACUUGAUCAAACAACCAUAUUAAAACUUA